AUGGAGGAACUUGGCUGGCUGGUAGGCGACGAGGUGUUGCGCUGGACGGACGUAGAACGCACGUGGCGCAGUGUGGCCGGAGACUUGAGCGGGGUAAGUGUGACGGCGACGUACGAGAUAUUAGCCAGCAAGCUGUGUUCAUAUGACCCACCACAGCUCCUCAAGGCGGCCGUUUACGGAUUGCGACUGUUUGCCCAAUCGACGUGGACGGGCCCUGCCGUCGCAAACAUGAGCUGCGACGACCUCAGUCUGCUCUCCGUGGACGGCCAGGUUGUCGAGUCCCUCUGCGACUGUCCAGAAGCCCUCCGGAUUGGACGCUUGCUCGCCCGUUUCCUCACCCUAGAAUGGGAACAAACCACUGACGGCGACAUGCCUUCCUGUGACAACGGUGAUGCCAAUGAUAACAGCAAGACCGGUUCUUAUGGUUACCACACCUUCCUUUUAUGGUACGCUCGCAGUUCGUUGAUGCUGCACCGGUCCUUCGUGGGCGGCGUUGCGCACGACGAAGCGAACACUCUCAAACGCGAAGUCUUUUUCUACUUCGGCAACUGGUGCAAGUUGUACGGCGUGCUGCCGCCAGACUUCACUUACCCCGUCGAGGAACUCAGGUACCCGAUGAGCCACUCGCCCAUCGGGCGCGUAAACGACAGACUCAAUGACUAUAUUCUGCUCGAGAUCUCCGCUGCUAUGAGUCUUUACCACCAUGGUGAAGCCUUCAAGACGUUUCUCGAAGGUGACUUUUGGAAACUCAGGGUCAACUUUUCAGGCCGCCUGGGCAUCAAGCGACAACACCAACAGGACGCCGUGGCGCAACUUGUCGUCGAAGUCCAAGGCAAGAGCAGCUCUCUCAGACCCACCCUCCCUGCGUCAACUCCGUUCGAGGAACAGCUACCAGCGGUACUAGGGGAACAGCCACAGCCACAGCCAUCAAUGGUACUAGGGGAACAGAGCCCAGCGGUAAUAGGGGAGGCUGCCGGAAAGCCUGCGUCAAGUAGGCCGGACGAAGUGGCUUCCUUUACCAUGAAGCGGACGGACGUGGGCGUGAGUGUCGUAGAUUUAAAAGCCAUCGAUCCCCACACGGACGUGUUGGAGACGCCUGUGUUUACGGAAGGUGGGUCGGGGGUUGAGAGUCGUUCGUUGGACGAGCAGUUUUAUCUGUUGUCCUGGGCGGCUCAGAAGUUGUUAGUGAGCAGCACGAGUGACGAGUUGGCCAUGAGUGAGGUGUCUGCUUUGGCGAAGAGUGUGCUGGAGCAGGAGGGCGCGCAGGACUGGGCGAGCUGGGGUUGCGCACUGUGGAUCCGGUCAUUGGCGGAGGCACGCCGGUCCAAGUGGCGCGAGCGAGCGUGUUUGCAGAUGCUCUCGCUCGAAGAUCAGUUCGCCAAACCCUCGCCGCCUGCGGAGGCGCGGCUGCGCUACCUCUGGCUGACUGCGUACCCGAACAAGUGGGAGAUCCGGCGCCAGGUAGGUCGCGAGUUCGAAUCCAUCGGCGCUGUCUUAACCGCGCGCGAUAUGUACGCCAAGCUUCACAUGUGGACCGACGUAGUCGAGUGCCUCAUUGCUGCUGGCCGCCGCAACGAGGCCCUGGAAGUCGUCGAAACCGAAUUGAAAAAACAGCAGGAGGUGACAAACACCGACCACGCAGGUUGCGGGCGGUCGAGUCAGGUGUUGUACUGUUUGUUAGCUGACAUUAAGGGAGAGCCGUUUGGGUAUUUGCGGUCUUGGGAGUUGAGCAACGGCACAUACGCGCGUGCUGCUCGUUCGAUGGGUCGUUUGUUGAUGAAGCGAAUCGGCGAUUUGGAUGACGGGGAGGGUGGUCGGGGCGCGGCAGGUGCGUGUAAGUGGCUGGGCCGGUCGGUGGCGGUGCAGCCAUACCAGCCAGCGACGCAGUUUACGUAUGGAUGCUUAUUGAUGCAGGCAGAACGGUAUCCGGAAGCCUUGGGUGCUUUUAGCCAGGUAGUUUCUCACACUGAGGACGAAUAUGAGGCCUGGGCUAACAUGGGGGCCAUCCACAGCCGGCUGGAGCAGUGGGAGAGUGCGAAGCGCUGUCUGCUUAUGGCAGGAAAGAAAGCGGGCCACAAAAGCUGGCGUGUUUGGGAUUCUUAUACCAAGGUCUGUUUCCAGCUUAACGACAUGUCAGGAGCCCUUGAGGGCUUCCUGCGGCUCCUGGAUUGCCGCAAGGCCAACCAGAUACCCAUUUGGAUGCUUCAUCGACUCAUGAUGGCCGCCGUCACGAGCGACAAGACCGCGCUCAGCAAAGACUACUUCCUGGCCCGCGUCCUGCAGGCGUUCAAAGACUACCACAACCAACUCAACAUGCCACUGCCCAGUCAGGCUCUUACUCGUAAUGAACAAGUGGACGUCUUCACCGAGGAACCCGUCCGCGUACGACUCGAUCGUUACCGCAUCUGGUGCCUCCUCACUGAGGCCGUCGGCAUGGUCACCGACUGCUGGGAAAUCGCACUCAAGGGCGCCAGACACUUCAGACGGGUCCUCGAGGACUGCUUCGCCGCUGAAUGCCCCCUCAAACUCCGCGAAGACCAAACAUACCUACAGUUCGCAGACACACUCGUCGCCACCUGGACCAGAUGCGUGAAUGAACUGCACCACUUCUGCAAUAAACUCCGCACUAACAACGAAGCACCAAACGCCCUCGCCUUCUGGGAACAACAACGCGCCGAAUCCCAACGAUUCGUCGAAGAUACCAACAAGGCAACUCGAGUGUGGAUUGGAAACUGCACCUUCCUCACCCCGUCAGAACGAGACACCCUACUCUCCAGAUUCAACGAAGCUUUUCCCUAA